UCUUGCAGCUCUUCAUAUGUUGAAUCACAGUGUGACACGCGAUGCAGGCGCCAUGGAAGGGCCUCGGGGCUGAAGAUUCAAGAUUCUGGGAGAAUUGCAGGUGGAGCAUGCCUGCCCCUUAAUUCACUUUGAUGCUGGGUGUUGAAGUUCUUCUUAGGAUUUGCAAAGUAACUUUUGCUGCUCUCCUACGUACUUUUUUCUGGAAUAGAGAACUCGUCUUUCUACUGGCAGAAAAGACCUCCCCUCAUCAAGUAAGGAAGCUUCUCCAGUUAGCCCCAUGCCUGUGUUGUCUGGGAUUCAUCUCAACAGCUUACGUCCUGGCUUUUCAAGCAAGAGAAGGAAGAAUAACUUCCCUGGAUUCUUGGGGAAAGGAGAAGGACCGUAUCUUCCUAUGAGCAAAGGAGUCAAGAUCCCCUGAAGACCAUGAAUUUGUCUUCUGAGCCCUGUAACAUAACAGAUUGGCUGAGACUAGAAGCAACAGUGAAGGCCUCUGUGUACAUGGUCACUUUCUCUUUUGCCACAAUCAUCACUGCCAUCAUUAUUGCAAUAGUGUCACAAAAUUCGAAACUGAAGCAAGAGGUCCGGUACAUCCUCCUCUGCCAUCAUCUGCUGUGCAUUUCCUCCUACUGUGGCCUAGGGGUGGUUUAUCAGGGGAUGAGGGCCCUGUUGGCAAACGUCCCUGUGCUGAUGUGCUGGGUGGUGUUUGGGGUACAGCUAUGUGUUGGUGAAGGGAUCCUCUUCACUCUGACCCUAAUGGUGGUCAACACCUACCUGGUGAUUUGCUGGCCAUUGAAAUCUCUGUCCUGUGUAGAUUUACUGAAGUAUAGGAUUCUGGUGGGCACUUGGGUGCUCAUUAUAUUUAAGAAUGUUUGCUUAUUCCUCAUAGAAGGCACUAGCUUCACUCAAGUUGCUAUUUUAAAAUCUCAACCUCUUUGCCCAGUGAUCUUAAAUGGGAUUCCUGCCAGAGCCAUUGGCCUGGUUUUCCUUUUCCUUCCUUUGUCUAUCAUUCUUGUUAGUUACUAUCUCAUAUACCAAGAAGGGAAACGGUCUGGCCAUUUUAGUAGGUCAAAUAUCAAAGCAAGAAAAACAGUCCUUAUUCACUUAGUGCAGAUGGGCUUACAUGUAAUACCAACCCUGAUAUUCAUAGGUUUGGGAAAGAUGUGUGGCGUGUUUUACUUUGUUUUAAAUCUGGUGCUUUUUGGAGUCUUUGCAUUUGCCCAGUGCUUCAACCCUCUGGUCUAUGGACUUUGGAAUCGAGAGUUGCAAAGCAGGAUCUCUCACUGGCUGGACUGUCAGCUGUCGUGUGGGCACACAAUCAACAGCAGAGGACCCGUUUAAGUAAAACUGCCACUUUGAAUCAAUAAUUAGUGCUGAUAAACCAUCCGCCAGCUAGGGUUGGGGAUUUGCCUUUUAAUUAGAGCCUCGAUUUGACUUUGAAAGUAAUAUGAGCAAAUCAAAGUUAUCACUUCACCACUGUGUAUGUGGUGUAUACAUACAAUGGAAUAUUAUUCCACCUUCAAAAAGAUUUUUAUCACAUGCUACAAUGUGAAUACUGUGAAUCACAUGCUACAAUGUGAAUACUAUGAAUACUGUCCUUGAGGACAGUAUGCUAAGUGAAACAGGCCCGUGACAAAAGACAAAUACUGUCUGAUUCCACUUCUAUAAAAUAUCUACAGUAGUCAAAUCCAUGGACUCAGAAAAUAGAAUGGCAGUUACCAGGGGCUGAGGAGAGGUGGAAUUGGGAGUAGUUUAAUGGUUAUAUGGUUUCAGAUGAACUUUUUCUUCAGAUGAGAUAGUUCUGGAGACCUGUUUCCAGCAAUGAAAAUAUACUUAACACUACACUUAAAAUGCUUAAGAUGGCUGAUUUUAUGUCAUAUGUUUUUCUUAAACUACAACUUAAAUAAGACAGAGUGAUAUAUAAAUUUAUGGGAUCCAAGAACUCACCCAAGUUUUCAUCUAACGGAAGGUAAAAGUUGAGUCCACAAAUAGGAUUUGAAUGGGCCCCAGGAAAAGAAUCAAGUUGUUUCUUGCUCACAUUCUAGCAUGUUAAUGUCCUGCUCUCUCGGUGCAAUGGUUACCAGUCAGCUAUAAACAAGGCUGGUGUUCAGUAAAGAUUUAUUAAAGGUUAAUUUUAAGGGGAAAUUCCAUUUUUGGUGAUGACAUAUUGAUAGACACAUAAUCUAAGGGUAAUUAUUAUAGAUAUAUAUAUGUUUACACAAACAUAUUAUAUAUAUCAAUAUACAUACAUAUCAAUACAAUAUACCAACACAUUAUAUACCUAUAUGCACAUACACAUGUACAUUGUAUACAUAGGUAUGUUUAGACAGAGACUGAGAGAACAGAGAAAUUUACAUUUCUCUACCUACCUAUACAUAAACAGUUAUAGGACUUUCUUAGCCAAUCGAAUCUGUUGUAUUUCUAUGAGUAAGAUCAGUUUGACCAUAGUUGUGUUCAUUAUGCUAUCGUUUAUGUUGCACUAAACAUUUUUUUUGUAAUUCAGAAAAAUUGCUCAAUCACUUGUGCCCUAGGCUGUGUUGUCUUCCCCCCAAAUCAUGUGUUGAAACUUAAGCCUCAGUGAGAUGGUUUUAGGAGAUAGGGCCUUUACGAGAAGAGUUCGUGAGGAUAGAUCACUGCAACAGGUGAGCAGGUCCAGCAGAGAACACGAGACCUACAGAGCCAAAAUUAUUUGCCAUCUGGCCCCUUGCAGAAAAGUUUACAUACACACACACACACACACACACACACACACACACACACACACCCCUCCCGCGGCCUGUAAGAUAGUAGUCUCACAAAACUGGAAAGUUGAUGACUUAGAAUUGCAAAUUGAUUCAGGAAAAGUAGACAUGAAUGAAUAAAUGUAAGGAAUACCCCAAUUAACUAAUUUUUCUUUGCAUCUAUGUUUUUAUGUGACCAAAGAUGAUUUUUAUAUUACAUCAUCUUUAGCCUACAAACCAUACGUUUAAAAGUUUUUUGAAUAAGUACACCAUGCAACUCCUAAGAAAUAAGAAAGCAUGGUUUUCAUUGCAACUUUCCCGCUUUCCUUACAAUCUGUGGUGGGUUAGAAGCAAUACAGUAUGGUAGCAUAACAGAUAAAUAGUGAGAGAAACAAUUCUCUGGAAAAGGCUUUGAAAGGCUAAUUGUAAUUUGCAGGCUUUCUGAGUCACUUGCUCUUUCUGGAACUUACUCCACCCACGGCAGUUGGCAGAAUAAUCGCAGAUUGGUAACUUCUUACAGGGCCUUAGCUAUCUAGUUAGAGCAUCAGGAUGGGUGUUCCGGGCAGGGUAUUCUCUGGAUUUCAUUUAGGGUUCUUGGACUGGAGAGCAGCCGGGGGAGUGCCCUGGCAGCUGCAGCCCUGACUCCUGCUGAGAAGUGCUCAUUUAGACCCCAAGAGGGGUAACUGUGCUAACAUGUCUGUGAGGAGUGCUAAUUUGUUUUCUGUCAUAUCUUCUGUUAGCAUUUCUAAGGAAUGCAGCCAGUGUGUCCUCCUGUUAGAGAAUUCAGAUGUUGCUUUUUGGUAAAACAAAGGAAAACAACAGCUCUAAGAUGAGAUAAGCUGUGCUUUUUUUUUUUUUUUUUAAUCUUUACUCACUCUGGCAAUGAAAUUUUCGCCUGGAUGACAGGAAGGAAGCAGGCCAUUCAUUCUGAAUUCCACCUCUGGGUUAAAGGGAGAAGGCCUAGUAAAUACUCAGUAUCCUGAGAAUUGUGCCUUUAAAUGGGUGUACAGAGGUAUUUGCAGAAGCCUAUAAAAUACGUUUGUUACUUCGGAAAGUACAAAAAACAAAAAUAAUCAAGGGGGGAACCUAUGGGCCAAGAGGAACCAAAAUGUGGGGUCUGACUCUGGGUAAAUGUGGGGGGUUCAGAUGACUUGAUCUUGUAUUUUUGUUGGGAGUCAGGUUAAUUUACCUACAAUAAAACAUCCCUCCCUUUAAAUGUACAUUUGAUGGGUUUGACAAAUGUAUAGAGCCACAUGACGUGAAUACAAUGACGACUACAAGAGUUCCAUCCCCCAGGAAGUUUUCUGGCCCUUUGGGAAUCAGAGUCCUUCCCCCACAAUCUGUGGUUUGUCCCUGUGGUUUCUCCUUCUCUAGGCUGUCAUCAUAGAAAUGAAAUUUUACUUUAGCAGCUGUUAGGAACUGAAUUCUUCCCUCUCCCCCAUACAUAUAUUAAAGUCCUAAUCCCCAGUACUUAAGAAUAGGGCCGUAUUUGGAAAUAAGGCCUUUAAUGAAAUAAUUAAGGUUAAAUGAGGCCAUAUGAAUGGGCCCUCGUCCAUAUAACUGGUGUUUUUUAUAUGAAGAGAGAGAAUCAGGGAAGUGUCCACGUGGAGGAGAGGCCAUGUGAGGACACAGCCAGCCAGGAAGAGAGCUCUCGCCAGAGACAAACCUUGCCAACACCUUGAUUUUGGGCUUGUAGUCGCCAGAAAUGUAAGAAAAUAAAUUCCUGUUGUGGAAGCCAAGAAGCCGGUGGUAUUUUCUUAUGGCCGCCCAGGUGACUAAUACAACAGCUUUUCUGCAUCUGGCUUUUUAAAAUGAGUAUAUUUUAAUUUGGGGCUCUUCCAUGUUGUCGCUUGUAUUGAUAGUGUAAACAUUAAUAUUUAGAGCCCUGUUUAAACGAGGGCUGGAGCUAGAGCCUCCCCCCACGUGAGUGAGUCAGCAAAUGACAGGCCCAGCACGCCUUCCUUUCCCACUGGCUGCCUUCUGGUGCCACUUGGGGGUCCUCCAGAGCAUCUAGGUGGGUGUGACACCAGGAUUGGGGGUGGCUGUGGCUCCCCCAAUCACCACUGUCCAUUCUGCCUGCGCUUCUGUUGUUUUGUUUACCAAUAAACCCUGAUGUCUGAACAGCCAAUUGCCUUGUUUGAAGUCAAUAUCAGUUUUUUAAUCUUUUUAUGUCCCCUCU